UUUUAGAGCCUGUCGGUCGGGGUAAAACUUUCCAGAAAGGCCGGAGGGGGAGAAUAGGGCCCUGCUGGUUGUGCGCGCCCGCACCGGCGCAUUGGCGGGGCGAGGCCCGGGAGGGAGGCGGCAGGCGGUGGGGCGCCGAGGCCUACGGGCCGCUCGGCAGGGCCGGAAGACCCGCGCGGCGCUGCCGAGGAGAGCGCUGCCGCGGAGGGAGGGGGCGGCCCGCAGCCGAACCCCCGCCGGUGCGCCUUGGCGUGCGCCCGUCUCUGUGCCCACGCGAACACAGGGUGCCCUCUGUCCCCCACGGCUGAGUUUCAUUAUGUCCGUGGUGCGGGGGGGAAACGGAGUUUUUUAUUUUGUCUCCUCCUUCCCCCCCCUUCCUCCCCCCCCCCCCCAACGUAUGAUGGUGGAACAACAAACUGCACACGGCUGGAAAAGUUACAGCUCUUCUAAACUCAACUGAAGUUACAGUUCACUGAUUGUUGGUUGGGGUUGGUUUUUUUUUUUUUCCUCUAAGUGUGCGUUAUGGUCAAGUAAAUAGAGCAGUUAAGUGUCAGCAUGACUACAUGGGUCGCACCGAAGUUGGUUUGCCUUGAGAUAUUCUGCUAAUUGAAAAGGAGACAGAAAAUAGAUGUCCACGCCUACAGACCCUGGCGCCAUGCCUCAUCCUGGUCCUUCCCCUGGACCAGGACCAUCACCUGGACCGAUUCUAGGACCUAGCCCAGGACCAGGGCCAUCUCCUGGCUCAGUUCACAGUAUGAUGGGGCCAAGUCCUGGUCCACCCAGUGUCCCGCAUCCAAUGCCAACAAUGGGGCCUACUGAUUAUCCACAGGAAGGCAUGCACCAAAUGCAUAAGUCCAUUGAUGGCUUGCACGAAAAAGGAAUGGUUGAAGAUGUUCAUUGUGGCUCUAUGAAGAGUAUGCGACCUCCUCACCCUGGAAUGGGCCCACCUCAGAGUCCAAUGGAUCAGCAUAGCCAAGGUUAUAUGUCUCCACACCCAUCUCCACUAGGAGCACCAGAGCAUGUGUCCAGUCCCAUGUCUGGAGGAGGUCCAACUCCACCUCAGAUGACUUCCAGCCAGCCAGGACCCAUUAUACCAGGAGACCCACAAGUUAUGAAUCAACCUAACAGAGGUCCUUCCCCUUUCAGCCCUGUACAGCUGCAUCAGCUACGGGCUCAGAUUUUGGCAUACAAAAUGUUAGCUAGAGGUCAGCCUUUACCAGAAAACCUCCAGCUUGCUGUUCAGGGCAAGAGGACCCUGCCUGGUAUUCAGCAGCAGCAGCCUCCCAGUGCCUUCAACAGACAGCCUGGUAUUGGGUUGCAUACAAUGAGUGGUGCUGCAACUGGACCGGGGCCUGCUCCAGCGGUGCCUGGACAUACAACUGCCAUUACCCCUAAAACUUGGACUGAAGGCCAAGCCCCAGAUAUGAGUGUCUCCAACACGCAGCAGAAGCUUCCAGCACCUCCCCCCAGUGGGAGGCCUUCUCCUGCCCCCCCUGCUGCCCAGCCUGCUGCCGCCUUGCCUGGGCCGUCUGUACCACAGCCACCGCCUGGACAGCCUUCGCCCAUUGUUCAGCUGCAGCAAAAGCAGAAUCGCAUCAGCCCUAUCCAGAAGCCACAAGGACUGGAUCCUGUUGAAAUACUCCAAGAACGUGAAUAUAGGCUUCAGGCUCGAAUUGCUCACAGAAUCCAGGAACUGGAGAACUUGCCUGGUUCUCUGCCCCCUGAUCUGCGAACCAAAGCUACAGUGGAGUUGAAGGCACUUAGGUUACUGAACUUCCAGCGCCAGCUAAGACAAGAGGUGGUAGCUUGCAUGCGUCGUGACACAACACUGGAGACAGCACUAAACUCCAAAGCCUACAAACGAAGCAAGCGCCAGACUUUGAGAGAGGCCCGAAUGACAGAAAAACUUGAGAAACAGCAGAAGAUAGAACAGGAGAGGAAGCGUAGGCAGAAGCAUCAGGAAUACCUGAACAGCAUACUGCAGCAUGCUAAAGAUUUUAAAGAGUACCACCGAUCGGUUGCUGGGAAAAUUCAGAAACUUUCUAAAGCUGUGGCAACCUGGCAUGCCAACACUGAGCGUGAGCAGAAAAAAGAAACUGAGAGAAUUGAGAAAGAAAGAAUGAGGAGACUAAUGGCUGAAGAUGAAGAAGGCUACCGUAAGCUGAUUGACCAAAAGAAAGAUAGACGCCUGGCCUACCUAUUGCAGCAGACAGAUGAGUAUGUGGCUAACCUGACUAACCUGGUAUGGGAGCAUAAACAGGCACAAGCAGCCAAAGAGAAGAAGAAGAGAAGGAGAAGAAAGAAGAAGGCUGAAGAAAAUGCAGAAGGAAUGGCAUCUGGUCUUGGUCCUGAUGGAGAGCCCAUAGAUGAGAGCAGUCAGAUGAGUGACCUUCCAGUCAAAGUGACUCACACUGAAACAGGCAAAGUUCUUCUUGGGCCAGAAGCACCAAAAGCAAGUCAGCUGGAUGCUUGGCUGGAAAUGAACCCUGGCUAUGAAGUUGCUCCCAGGUCAGACAGUGAAGAUGAAAGCGGCUCUGAAUAUGAGGAGGAGGAUGAUGAUGAAGAAUCAAGCAAGUUAGAAUCAGAUGAUAAGAUACUUCUGGAUCCUAACAGUGAGGAGGUUUCUGAGAAAGAUGCAAAGCAAAUCAUUGAGACAGCCAAACAAGAUGUGGAUGAUGAAUAUAGCAUGCAAUAUAGUGCUAGGGGGUCUCAGUCCUACUACACUGUCGCUCAUGCAAUCACAGAAAGGGUAGAAAAGCAGUCUUCUCUUCUUAUUAAUGGCACACUAAAACAUUAUCAGCUCCAGGGACUGGAAUGGAUGGUUUCACUCUAUAAUAACAAUCUGAAUGGAAUUUUAGCUGAUGAAAUGGGGCUUGGAAAGACAAUACAGACUAUUGCACUCAUCACUUACCUGAUGGAGCACAAAAGACUCAAUGGCCCCUAUCUCAUCAUUGUUCCCCUUUCGACUUUAUCUAAUUGGACGUAUGAAUUUGACAAAUGGGCUCCUUCUGUCGUGAAGAUCUCUUACAAGGGUACACCUGCAAUGCGCCGCUCACUCGUUCCUCAGCUUCGAAGUGGAAAAUUUAAUGUUCUUUUAACUACUUACGAGUACAUAAUAAAGGACAAACACAUCCUUGCUAAGAUUCGAUGGAAGUACAUGAUAGUAGAUGAAGGCCAUCGGAUGAAGAACCACCACUGCAAGCUGACUCAGGUCUUGAAUACUCACUAUGUGGCCCCAAGGCGAAUACUGCUGACUGGGACUCCAUUGCAGAACAAAUUGCCUGAACUUUGGGCUCUUCUCAAUUUCCUCCUCCCAACCAUUUUCAAGAGCUGUAGCACCUUUGAACAGUGGUUCAACGCUCCGUUUGCCAUGACUGGAGAAAGGGUGGACUUAAAUGAGGAAGAAACUAUUCUGAUCAUCCGUCGUCUCCAUAAAGUACUCCGACCCUUCUUGCUGAGAAGAUUGAAGAAAGAGGUUGAAUCUCAACUGCCAGAAAAGGUGGAAUAUGUUAUCAAAUGUGAUAUGUCAGCUCUGCAGAAGAUCCUGUACCGUCACAUGCAAGCCAAGGGAAUCCUUCUCACAGAUGGUUCUGAAAAAGACAAAAAGGGAAAAGGUGGGGCAAAAACUCUUAUGAACACUAUCAUGCAAUUGAGAAAGAUAUGCAAUCACCCAUACAUGUUUCAACACAUUGAGGAGUCCUUUGCUGAACAUUUAGGCUACUCAAAUGGUGUCAUCAACGGAGCUGAACUUUAUCGGGCCUCAGGGAAGUUUGAGCUACUCGAUCGUAUUCUACCAAAGUUACGAGCUACUAACCAUCGUGUGCUUCUUUUCUGUCAAAUGACAUCACUGAUGACCAUUAUGGAAGAUUACUUUGCCUUUCGAAAUUUCCUUUACCUGCGUCUUGAUGGCACAACAAAAUCAGAGGAUCGAGCUGCUCUGCUGAAGAAGUUCAAUGAACCUGGGUCACAAUACUUUAUCUUCUUGCUGAGUACAAGGGCUGGAGGGCUAGGCUUAAAUCUCCAGGCUGCUGACACUGUUAUAAUCUUCGAUAGUGACUGGAAUCCUCACCAGGACUUGCAGGCCCAAGAUAGAGCUCACCGAAUUGGUCAGCAGAACGAAGUUCGAGUCCUGCGGCUGUGCACUGUGAACAGUGUGGAAGAGAAGAUACUUGCUGCUGCAAAGUAUAAGCUGAAUGUAGAUCAAAAAGUUAUUCAGGCUGGAAUGUUUGAUCAGAAAUCUUCAAGCCAUGAAAGGAGAGCCUUCCUGCAGGCUAUAUUGGAGCAUGAAGAAGAAAAUGAGGAGGAAGAUGAAGUUCCUGAUGAUGAGACUCUGAAUCAGAUGAUUGCUCGACGUGAGGAGGAAUUUGAUCUCUUUAUGCGCAUGGACAUGGACCGUCGCAGGGAGGAUGCCAGAAACCCCAAGCGUAAGCCCCGCUUGAUGGAGGAGGAUGAAUUACCAUCCUGGAUUAUUAAGGAUGAUGCUGAAGUUGAAAGGCUUACGUGUGAAGAAGAAGAAGAGAAAAUAUUCGGGAGAGGAUCUCGUCAACGCAGGGAUGUGGACUACAGUGAUGCUCUCACAGAGAAACAAUGGCUGCGGGCAAUCGAAGACGGCAAUUUGGAAGAAAUGGAAGAGGAAGUCCGGCUUAAAAAACGGAAGAGACGAAGAAAUGUGGAUAAAGAUUCUGGGAAGGAGGAUGGAGAGAAAGCAAAGAAAAGAAGAGGCAGACCUCCUGCAGAGAAGUUGUCACCCAACCCUCCCAAACUGACAAAACAAAUGAAUGCUAUCAUUGAUACUGUGAUAAACUACAAGGACAGUUCAGGACGGCAGCUAAGUGAAGUCUUCAUUCAGCUCCCGUCUAGGAAAGAAUUACCAGAGUAUUAUGAAUUGAUUAGGAAACCAGUGGAUUUCAAAAAGAUAAAGGAAAGAAUUCGCAACCAUAAGUAUCGGAGUCUUGGAGACUUGGAGAAAGAUGUCAUGUUGCUGUGUCACAAUGCUCAGACAUUCAAUUUGGAGGGAUCACAGAUCUAUGAGGAUUCCAUUGUUCUUCAGUCUGUGUUCAAAAGUGCUCGACAGAAGAUUGCCAAAGAAGAAGAAAGUGAGGAUGAAAGCAAUGAUGAUGAAGAUGAAGAAGAAGAAGAAGAAUCAGAAUCAGAAUCAAAAUCAGUGAAGGUCAAAAUCAAGCUAAAUAAGAAGGACGAAAAAAGUCGGGAGAAAGGAAAAGGCAAGAAGAGGCAAAGCCGAGCAAAAGCCAAGCCUGUCGUGAGUGAUGAUGAUAGUGAUGAGGAUCAAGAUGAAAAUGACCAGUCGGAAGCAAGCGGAAGUGAUGAUGAGUGAUCCAUAGGGUUUAUUUUCUUGGCAGAACUGACCCCUUCCCCUUCUCUUCUCCCUUCUCCUAUUUUACACCCAGUGAACUCAUUUUGUCAAAUAGACAUUGGGUUGUUUCUGUAUUCUCAUUCUCUAUAAAUUAGCUUUAGGAUAGUGCCAGACAAACAUAUGAUAUCAUGGUGUAAAAAAAGGAAAAAAAUGUAACAUAUUGUGACCAAAUGGGCCUCAAAAGAUUUAAGAACAAAACGACAAAAAAGCUUUUGAUGGAAAAUGUGGGUUGACGGUAUAUUUCUAUGGGCUGGUUUUAACUUGGUAAUGGUUUGAUUAUGCCUGGUUUUACCAUUUGAUGAUGUUUUUCAGUGGCAUCAGAAAGACAAAAAAAAAAAAAGUCUUUUGUAGCAUUGAUAACCAGGAGAAGCCAUUAAAAGCCACUGGUUAUUUUAUUUUUCAUCAGGCAGUUUUCAAAGUUUUAAUUUGUUCUGUAUUGUUUUUUUUACACUGUGGUACAUAUAUGCAACUUUGUUUAAUAGCUUAUAAAUGUACAGUAGUUAGCCUUCAUCCACCCUGUCCCAUAUACAUUUUUCCACUUUACGCUUGACGAUCUUCAGAAAAAUGCUUUUUGAAUUGUAUCAAAUUUAUGUCUAUUGUAAACUUUGCUUAACUUUUUUUUUCCUCAAUUAAAAAAGUUGGGUUAAAAAAAUGCUAUUGAAUAUUGCAAUCUAUAUAGUGUAAUGGAUGGCUUCUUUCAUCAGACUGAUCUUCUAUGUUACCAAUGUGGAUUAUCACCUUUUCCCUAAAGUGUACUUAAUCUUUGCUUUCUUUGCACAAUGUCUUUGGUUGCAAGUCAUAAGCCUGAGGCAAAUAAAAUUCCAGUAAUUUUGAA